CUUCCUAACUUCUAACCUAAAUCUCUUUUAGUUUAAAACUGUUCCCCCUUGUCCUAUCGUUACCUACCCAUAUAAAAAGUUGAUCUCCCUCCUGUCUCUAAGCUCGGUAAUUUUUGUAUGAAAGUGCUCGCAUGUCUACAAGUUGAAAAGAUUUGUGCGUCACUGAUUUGUUUUCUAACUUCAGAAGAGAUCCAAGGCAGACACGGCUCCAAUCACCCAGAGGAAGCAGAUUCUCACCAGCACAGCGUGUUCAGCUUCUGAAGCACCACCAGCACCCCCUGCUAGCCCGAUGACCACAUCUAUGAAUUUACUGCUUUUUUCUGUAACAAGUGCAGCGAUCACAUGGAAGCACACGCGCUGAGGUUACAGAAGCCUCCCUUAAAGGCAUCAGCGUGCCUCUCCUCAGGAACCUGAGGUGAUUUCCCAUCACGGAGACCACGCAGCGCAUUCACCGCACUCUAAGAACAAAAAGCACCAAGGCAUCACCUACAGCACACUAAAUAUGCAGCUGCGGGAUGGCAAAGUCCUUGUUUACGGGAGAGAUCCACACCCCACAGCAAUCCGUCCGCGCGCCAUGGCGGUAGGGCGGCUCCGCACGCCCCGACCACACGCUAUGCUACGUUCCGUUCGUUCCGCUCCGCCCCGCCCACUGACGGGGGUCGGGCCCGGCGCGGCCGCGCAGCGCUCAGCAGGAGGCAGAGCUGCAUUCCAUGAUGUUGAGAGGAGUUGCUCACAGUGCAAAAGAUACAGUUACAUUUCUGUUGGCAAGAUGUCACUGCAGUAGGCCUGGGUUGAAUAUUUUGUCCUUACGGCCUGAGAUAACAAAAAUAGGCUUCUUAAUCCAUUCAACGUACACAACUGAUACAAAGUCAAGAGAGGAAAAUAAAAAAACCAUCGAGGAUCUCCACAAACUGUCAGUUGAUAUUAAGAAAAUACGCAGAGGAAAGGAAUGGGUCCUUCUCCAGGAUGUGGCCUACGUUCCAGAAAUCGCCAGAAUUCUACGAGCAAUGGGUGCGGAUGACCCCGCUAUUGCCAGUAUCUUGGAACGCUGCCCAGAGGCAAUGCUGCGUAGUCCUGCAGAGGUGAACUCUCAAAGAGCUCUGUGGCAACUGGUAUGCCAGAAGGAAGACCAGCUGAUUAAAUUAAUAGAGCAGUUUCCAGAUUCUUUCUUCACUACCGGGUAUCACGAGAACCAGAAAGCAAAUAUUCUAUUUUUUCAGGAACUGGGACUUAAGAAUAAUAUAAUCACCAGGUUCUUGACGAGCGCACCCAAUAUCUUCCACAAUGCAGCUGAGAAAAACAAACACGUGAUAGAGACAUUACAAAAAAGUUACUUAAGUUUAGGAGGUUCUGAUGCAAAUAUGAAGAUCUGGAUACUGAAGUUACUGAGCCAAAAUCCAUUUAUUUUGUUAAGUACCUCCUCGGCAAUUCAGGAAAACUUGGAAUUUCUGCAAAAGAGUGAUUUCACUGACCACGAAGUCCUACAGCUGCUGUCCAAACUUAAAGGUUUUAUUUUUCAGCUUACACCCUCCACUAUGCAGAAGAGCAUGCUAUUUUCCAAAAAUGUCUUUAAGUGCAGCGAUCAAGAAUUCAAACGACUGGUACUGAAAUGCCCAGCCCUUCUCUACUAUUCUGUUCCAAUUCUGGAAGAAAGACUUGAGGGACUGCUGAAGGAAGGAAUUUCUAUAGCACAGAUUAAGGAGACACCAAUGGUGCUGGAGUUGACGACACAAAUUGUUCAGUACAGGAUUAAAAAACUUUCUGCUUUGGGGUACAAUAUAAAGAGUGGAAAUCUAGAAAACUUGAAUGGUACUAAGAAAGAUUUUGAAGCAAAUUAUGGUAAGAUACAAUCAAAGAAGGAGAGACCAAUGUUUAAUCCUGUUGCUCCUCUAAACAUUGAAGAUUAAUUUGAAAACCGUACUUAAAAUUAUGCAAUAAAGAAUGAUUAAAGAGAAAAGAGGUUUUGGUUCUUUGAUAGGAGUUGAAGGAAAAGUCAUCUUAACCAGACUGUAGUCUUAUGCUGUCCUUUGUCGUGGAGUGGGCUUUAUGCACAAUUUCAUUAUAAAAUUGCAGCUUUUUAAUGCUGGUUAUGGGAAAGGUUGAUUAAUCCUUUACAUAAGGAUUAUUUUUUUUUUCCCCCAGGGAGCAUCUUACAUAUCUUUUUGGUUCUGAUUUCCUUAUCUGCCUGGCCUCUAGCUUCUGUGGCUUUUCAGCUCCAUCACUGCACUGUCUGUGGUAGUGCUUAGCGUAAUCUUUAUCUGAGAAAGAAAAGGAGGAUUAUUUUGCCAGUAAUAUGAAUCCACCCACUGGUCCACCGCCUUUGGAGAUGUAUAUCGAGUUCCAUUCCUUAUUGCUGCAGGAAGUGGCUACAGCUCCUGCAUCCUGAAUUGAAGCAGAUGUGACUUUUGUGCGUCAGGACCCAGAUACAGCAUUGUCUGAAAACAGGCAGAAUACAGUAUUUGUAUUUAGCAGCUACUAUGGUAAUAUCCUAGUGUGUUCAUUUACAAACCAUAAUGCAAAGAGACUACAAGACAGCCUCCCUGAAAUUUCCAUGACUAUAGAAACUGAUUCCUUUUGCAAAAGGAUGGAGGGUCAGAAGGAAAUACAUUUAUUGCUGUUACAUGGUUGUUCAUUUCAUCUUUUCUAGCAAGGCAUGGAGAGAGAAAAGGCUAUGGAGUGACUUAAGUCUCACAUGACUGAAAGGGAAAAGUCCUUUUUUGUAUGUGUAUAACAGAACUAGAGUCUGAGCACACUGGUGGUUAAAAGUGACCAUCAGAUUUGCAAAUAGCUGCCAUAGUUUCUAAGUAUAUGGGUGACAGUUUCUCAUGUAUCACUGUGAUUGUUGACAAGUGCUAGCUUUUAAAAUAGUACCUGUCCUACAGUGUUUAAGUCCUUGGGGGAUUUUUAUUUAUUUUCAUUUAUGGGCUGUGAAUAAUAAAAAAAAAAAAUAGCAGCACCAUUAAAGUUCCUCUCAAUAAAAUUAGAAUCAGCAAUAUUACAUGUGAAAAAUAAAGGCAGACUUUCUUAAGCAGCUGUUCUAUACAGAUUCCCCUUUGGCAUCAAGAGCUAAACCAGCCAUACCCCCACGCCAGGCCAUCCCAAUCCAGGGUUCCUUCUCUUGAGGAGGAGCUUUAAAAUACAGAAGAACAGUGGUAUUGAAUUACUUAUCUAGAAAGUGAGCUGCAAGGUGAUGCCACACAGCCUGCCACAUUAACUAGUGCAAAAUCUGGUCAAAGCCGUGAGGGGAUGCCAGCAGGUCAUGGAGGUCUGGCCAGAGCACAUGUAGUGGCAGCCAGAAUUCAAGUGACACCACCACCAGCCACCACAGAUGUUCAGCUGCCUUACUAAGCCAUUUGCUGGCUGACUCUUCAAAACACACAGUUGAUUUAUAAGAGGGAGCAGAGACAGCCAUAUGAAAAGAUUGCAGCAGCUAGCCUUUGUCACUGUUUGACUGUCCUCCAGCACUCGGCUUUUACUGUGAUCACCAUAUUUCGAUUCAAAAGCCUCCAUCCCUCAGACACAAGGGGGCAUUUCGGAUCUAUGGAGGUAUCCAUAAUACCAUCUACUGUAAUGCUGAGCCCCAGAAACAAGCAGUCAUUCAGGAUGAAAAGGAAACUGAGACAUAAGAGAACAUUUUCCAUAAGAAGUUCUAGCAUUUCUACUGGUAUCUGGUUAUACAAUUCCUGCUACUGUUAUUCCCAUCAUGUAAAGUACUCCCAGCAGCAAUGAAAGAAAUGCAUCAUUUUCCUGUUUCCUCAACAGUCACUGCCAGUUAUUGCAAAAGCAUUUUCCCUUCUGCAAGUUUCAAAACAAAAGCAUAAAGACUCCUUUUCUAUACCAGCCAGCCAAAACUCAUUCAGCCCUUCAUCCAUAACUAUACCUGAGGCCCAUCUCUCUGCUCUUCCCAAAGUAUAUUCAAUAACAAAACCUCAGUUAAGCCCUUGAUUGCCAAAACAUUACUCAGUGACUGCUACAGUGAAAUCCUCUUCUUAAUCUCUGCUGUUAUAGCAAACAUGAACAUAGAAUCAUUAACACUGGAAAUGACCACAAAGAUCACCCAGUCCAACCAUCAGCCCACCCCCACCAU